AUUAUUAUUAUUAUUAUUAUUAUUAUGUUCGUUUGAAGCAAAUUUGAUUGAUUUAUUAUUAUAUGGAGUUUUGAUAAUUAUUCAGGCAGCUGUCGCGUCAGUUUCAGUUUAGGACAGACGCCGCGCGGAAGAUGACUGUUCAUAACCUGUACAUAUUCGAUCGCAAUGGCAGCUGCCUGCAUUACAGCGAGUGGAACCGCAAGAAACAAGCCGGGAUCUCCAAAGAAGAGGAGUUUAAGCUGAUGUACGGGAUGCUGUUCUCCAUCCGCUCCUUCAUCAGUAAGAUGAGCCCGCUGGACAUGAAAGACGGCUUUCUGGCGUUCCAGACCAGCCGUUAUAAGCUGCAUUAUUAUGAAACUCCAACAGGAAUCAAACUGGUGCUGAACACAGACCUCGGCGUGCCGAACUGCAGAGACACACUGCAGCAGAUCUACAGCACUCUGUAUGUGGAGUACAUCGUGAAGAACCCGCUGUGUGUGCUGGGCGAGUCUCUCCAGAGCGAUCUGUUCAGCAGUAAACUCGACUCUUUCAUCAGAGCGCUACCGUUCUUCAGCGUCCGCGCUGCCUGAUCACAAUAAACAUCCGCUUCUAUUUAUACCCAA